AUGAAUCAUAGUAAAAUAGACCCUGAAAAGUUAGUCGUCUUUGACCUUCUGGCAGGAUUUGCAAUUGCAACAAAACAUUAUCUUCGAGAAGAAGAUGGUACUGAAUUUUCUGGUGUUAGUUUAGAUAUUCAACCAAUAGGCAAAUUAAAAGAGGCUGAUAGUAAAGUUAGACUCAACAAAAUUCUUAGUGUUCUUCAAGGAUAUAGAAAAAAGUCGACACUGGAUAGGCAACUAACUAGUACCGAAUUAGUAAUUAAAUACAAUUUACCACUUGAGAUUGCAUUAUACUUGAAUUACUACAUCUCUCAAUUAAAAAAAAGGGAAUCUGUUACUGAUAAACCAGAUGAUAUGUCGAUCACUCAAAUGUACGUAAACGUAGCUACUCUUGUAGAUUGCUUAACAAGUUUUGAAAGAGUUCUUAGAUCUCCAAUUCCUUUGGCAUACUCUAUUCAUCUUUUGCAAACUACUUGGAUAUUCUGUUUAUCACUUCCUUUUCAAUUAGUUGCCGACCUUGUAUGGGUCACUGUACCUAUAGUAUUUUUAGCUUCUGUCAUUUUACUAGGUGUUGAAGAGAUUGCAAGAGAGAUCGAAAAUCCAUUUGGCACUGAUCCGAAUGAUCUAGCUCUUGACGAUUUCUGUGCACUCCUUAGAAUAGAAUUAGAUUUUGUUAAGAGUCAUGAAGCUGUCGAAGAUCAAUGGAAAAAGGCAACUGAAAAAAAGUUGUCUGAUACCAAAGGCAUCAUAGAAUUAUCAGAUGCUAAAAAAGAACUUUCUGAGGAUAAAGAAGAGAUUUCG